AUAUUAGCAGCCAUUGAGUGUUUUACUUUCAUAAGUUUAAUAAAUCUUUAACUACUGGAACACCAUUGCAAUCAAAAUCAGGGAAACAUGUUAAAAAAAGGUUACUAGAAGAGUCUAAACAAGUUGUACGAGACCAUAUUAACCUUUUCCCAAGAAUUGAUGCUCAUUAUAGCAGGAAAAAGAUACAUAAAGAAUACAUGGAAGGAUCACUAAAUAUAGGUAGAAUGUAUGAUCUUUAUAAAAUAUAUUGUGAUGAAAAUGUCUCUCCUACAGCAAAAGAACAUAUGUAUCGUUAUAUCUUUAAUCACGAGUUCAAUAUAGAAUUUCAAAAACCGAAGAAAGAUUUAUGUGACACAUGCUAUGAGUAUCGCAACAUUGUUAAUGCAAGCAAUGAACAAACAGAUAGUUAUAAUAAGCACAUAAAGUCAAGGAAUGAUACCAAAACUGAACGUGAAAAUGAUCGCCAAAAUGUUAAUUCUAAAACUGCAAUUGUUUGUAUUGACCUUAAAAAUGUUUUAAAUUUGCCUAGAGCUAAUGUGGGAAACUUUUAUUACAAACGAAAACUUUCAAAUUAUAACUUAACUGGUCAUUGCUCGCUUAACAGGAAGGGUUAUUGCAUCCUUUGGCACGUAGCCAUGACUGGUCGUGGAGGAAAUGAUCUAGCCAGUGCUGUAACAUGUUUGCUUUUGAAAAUCAUGGCUGACCUUGACAUAAAUAAGUUCAUACUUUGGUUCGAUUCAUGUGUACCACAAAACCGCAAUAGUUUCAUGUCAGCAGCUUUGUGUGAAUUUAUAAUACGAUACCCACAAAUAAAAAUCCCUCUCUGCUGCAGAAAUAUUUAGUCCACUUGGGCUAGAAAGAGCUAUUAAAAAUGUAAACCGUAAAAAACCUUUUUGUGUUUACCAAAUGCAAUUAGGAGAUGUAAAGAAUUUUUCAGUUGUCGCUGGUUUGUCAAGUUAUAACUUAGUGCCUUAUUCAAAGGUUAAAAAUCUUGUUUAUCGAAACGGACUGCCAUACCAUGUUUUUUUAAAACCUCGUUUUCAGAUAAUUAUUCACAAGCUCGUAUAAAUAAGUCUUUCAAGAAAGCAGCAUCAACCAUUGUUGCAAAACCAUUAAAUACCAAUAUACCAAUGGCAGCUUGCUUUCGUGCUUCUUAUCAGUCUAUAUCUGUUGCAAAAGCCAAUGAUAUCAUUUCCAUGUAUUCAUACAUGCCUGCUGUUGAUAUUGCAUUUUAUAAAACAAUAAUAAAUUGAACAUUUACAAAACAUUAAUAAAGUCAAAAUA